AUGUCUUUCGACACGUCCGGCGAUUCCGUCCCUCUCACCGAUAACUUCGCCUACGACUUCACACCCACCGAAGACUGGUUCUCAGUCAAUAUCAACUCUUGGAAAGCCAUUUUCCCUUUCGUCACCUCUCCAUCCCCCCGUAUCCUCGAGAUAGGCUCCUGGGAAGGCCGCUCCGCCGUCUUCCUUCUCACUGAGCUAUGCAAAACCUCCGGCGAGAUUGUCUGCGUAGACCAUUUCGACCUUCAGUGCACAGAGGCAGGCUGCGAGCGGUAUCGCAAACUCACUCAUAACCUCUCGUUGACCAGGAAGACGUUCCGGGUCGUGGACGACUUUAGUGUUCCUGGAUUAAUGCUGCUCCUUCAGGACGAAAUAGCACAAUCUAGAGAAUCGAUUGGAACGGAGCCGGGUUUCGAUUGGGUGCACUUUGACGGGACUCAUGAAGUCGAUGACACUUUCCUGGACGGUGAGCUCGCCUGGCGUCUCGCACGCAAGGGAGCCAUCUUCAUUUUCGACGAGUACGAUUGGGACGCUGAGCCGAACGAGAGGAGGUAUCAUCAAAAGCGGGGAAUGGACGCAUUCCUUGCGCUCCAUGCCGGCGAGUACAAUCUCUUGUCGUGCGAAGGCCAGCACCAAAUCAUCUUGCAAAAGACGGUGGAAAUGCGGAUUGGGUUUCUUCUGAAGGACAAGGAAUCGGAAAAGAUGAAAAGCAGAGGGGCUCAGAUGGAAUUAGGUCGAGGUAUGGGCAGGGAAAUUUACAUGGCGUACUGCGUCGAUCCUACGUAUGCCAUGCAGGCGGCUGUGUCCAUUCGCAGUCUCGCCAAGAAUACGCCUGGAAGGAUCACCGUCUACAUCGUGUCAUUUGGGCUCACGGAGGAGGACAAGGAAGCGAUCCGGAACUCAGUCCUUCAGCGUGACGAUCUCACUAUCCUCUUCUUGGAACCAUCGGAGGAUAGUUUCGCGAAGUUGACGGGAAUGGGUCCUCUGUGGGGAAAGCUGGCGUUAGCCGAUAUAAUCCCUGCGGAGAGGGUGCUUUACAUCGAUGCGGACACGCUCGUCCGAGGCGACAUCACGUCACUUUGGGCCACCGACCUGAGGAAUAAAAUGGUCGCUGCGGCUUCAGAUGUCGGCUUUCCUACGGGCUGCAAUGCGGAGAAGGAUGAGGGAUACUUUAAUGCCGGAGUACUCGUCAUGGACCUAAUCAAGAUUCGAGCUCGGUCAGCAGAGAUCGAGCGGGCAUGCAGUAAGGGAACAACACCUUGCGAUGACCAAGAUGUUGCCAACGAUCUCUUCGCCUCCACCGAUGACAUACUCGAGCUCUCCUUGCGCUGGAGCACCCAAGGGUUGGGCAUAUUCCCUUUUCCAGACCGGCAGUCUCGCGAUUCCUCAGCGAUCGACUUUGGUCCAGUCAUCGUACACAUCACGGAGCCGCUGGAAGAAGUAUCGAAAAAUCCCUAUGUGCAGCCUUACGUGGCGAAAACAUGGGGCGACGCGUGGGUACCGGGCCACCCAUAUGCGCAAGAGUGGUGGGAUGUGUUAGGCGAGAUGACUUGGAAAGGAUGGAAGGUGUCGGUUUAA